AGGUUUAUUUACCAGAGACGUACUAGGCGUCAGCACUGUUGAAUGUCUUUUCCAUGCCGGCGUCGGACGAAAUCAGACACUGUUAGAAAUGGCUGCACGUUCGAUUUCGAAGAAACGAAAGUUUGUAGGAGAUGGUAUCUUCAAAGCUGAGCUCAAUGAGUUCCUUACUCGAGAGCUUGCUGAAGAUGGCUAUUCGGGUGUUGAAGUGCGAGUAACACCUACUCGCACAGAAAUCAUUCUGAUGGCAACGCAUACUCAGAGUGUCCUAGGAGAGAAGGGACGUAGAAUUAGGGAAUUGACAUCCGUUGUACAGAAAAGGUUUAACUUCAAGGAACACACUGUAGAAUUGUAUGCAGAAAAGGUUGCGAUGCGAGGUUUGUGUGCCAUUGCGCAAGCUGAGUCCCUGCGGUACAAGCUGAUUGGAGGUCUGGCUGUUCGAAGGGCUUGCUAUGGUGUUCUCCGUUUCAUAAUGGAAUCUGGAGCCAAAGGUUGCGAAGUAGUUGUUAGUGGAAAAUUGCGUGGUCAGCGUGCAAAAUCCAUGAAGUUCGUCGACGGUCUAAUGAUCCAUUCUGGUGAACCCAUUAAUGACUAUGUAGACACUGCUACUCGACACGUUCUUCUUAGGCAGGGUGUCUUGGGAAUCAAAGUAAAGAUCAUGUUGCCAUGGGAUGAGACGGGCAAAACAGGACCAAGAAGACCACUGCCAGACAAUGUUUCAGUGGCUGAACCAAAGGACGAAGCUCUUCCGUUACAUCCAACUUCGGACGUUAAAGUUUCAAAGCCAGACGCUAUUCCGCCAGCUCCAAUUGCUGUCUAAUCGGAUGUCUUUUUGCAAUAAAGUCUGAAAAUCUGAUACUGAUUUUCUGUGGUAUUUUUUUGAAUCCACUAA